AUGGAGUCGCGUCCAACUGCUAAGGCGCUGCUGAAUCGCCUCGACGGCAACAUCUCGCAGCUGUUGCAGCGAUUUGAAAAUAUCGUGGCCAUUGCGACUGCCGACAAUUCCAGCCACACGUCCACUGCUGUUGAGAGCUACCAGAUCGACGUGGAGUCUACUGCUCUGAUCCGUGCCGCGGAGGAUCUCCUCGCCAUGACGCGCCUGAUGAAAGAGCUCUGGCUCUUCGGAAAACUCGACACGAUCGGCGAAGACGAGCGUGAUGUCCAGCGCCGGGAAAAACUGGAGGAAGAUGUGCAGGUGGUCCAGAAGGCUAUCGACGAAGGCCUGUUGAUGCCAUCCUUGGAGGGCCAGGGAUCUUCUGAAAACUAA